AUGAGUCUCCAUAAAUCAUAUGAAGUGGAUAUGCCUGGAGAAAAGGUUUUUGCUACUCGGGAUGAGCUUAUGGAUUGGGUUAAAGCUGUAGGAAAGCAAUUAGGCUUUGUGAUCAUUAUAAGAAGGUCUUAUUGCGGGAGCAAGGGUCGUGGGAGUAAAAGUAGACAGUUAGCUAUAUUGGGGUGCGAGUUGGGUGGCAAGUACAAACCGUACAAGCCUAAGUUGAAGCGGAAGGGGACAAGAACCAAGAAAUGUGAUUGUCCGUUUAGGCUCAAGGCGGGACGCACAUCAGAAGAUGGUUUGUGGAGGUUGACUGUUGUACGUGGAGACCACAACCAUAAGCCAGCUAAGAAUCUGCUUGGCCAUGCCUAUGUUAGUCGCCUUACAAGUGAAGAAAAGGAGAUGGUGGGUAAAAUGGUUGACAAUAAAGUCAAGCCAGCACAUACAAGACCAACAAAUAUAAGAUACCGCUUUUUGGAGAUGGUUGGUAUGACUUCAGUUGGAUUCACAUGCACCAUCGGGUUUGGCUACAUGUGCAAUGAGCGUGAACCUGAAGUUACAUGGGCGCUUCAAAAGCUGAGGGGGUUGAUACUUAGGGAGGAGGAUAUGCCUAAAGUCAUGGUUACUUACAGAGAUACUUCUUUGAUGAACGCAGUUGAAGCCACAUUCCCUACAACCACUCACUUGCUAUGUCAAUUCCAUAUUGCUAAGUGUGUGAAGGCAAAGUGCAAGCUUACUAUCAAACCGAAGGAGAUGUGGGAUGAUGUCGGGGACGCAUGGAAUAAAGUUAUGUAUUCUUGA